AUGUACUUACAAAUUGCCGGAACGGGAUUUGUGGUAAUUUGCCUGAUUCGCCUCCUCGAGACAAUUCAUCUGCCGCUGGAGGUGCUCGAGGUGGAGGAUCUGGUGAAGCAUCAGCGAUUGGAUCUCGCCAUCGAGUACAACAGCAGCGAAUCCGGCGCGAGAGCAAAUCAGCCGCCAGAUAGCAUCAACAAGCCGCGAGUGCUGUACCAAGUCGGGGCCUCCGAGAGUGAUCUUCCCGUUUGCGCGCCAAACGCCGUGUGCUCGAAGAUCGAUCUCUACGAGAUGCCCUGGAUUGAGCGCCAGUGUCGCUGCCCCAACGUGAGUGCGCUGCCCAGCCAGCACAUCAACUACCAGCACAGCGAAUUCCUGGAGAAACUCCUGCGCAAGCUGAGCAACGAUCCCACGAUCGAGCGCAAGACGACGCGCGAGAUGCUGCGCCGCCUCGGCGCCGUGUAUCACGUGGACGACAUCGUGCUGGGCGGCCUGGAGGAGCCUGACCAGGGCUACUACUAUCGCAGCAAGGGCGCGCACAAGAAGGACUUCCACCUCACGGCGACUGAUCUGCACGAGAGCAAGAGACUUCGGCACGCCGCGCAUCGCGACUUCGCCACCAUCGGCGGCUGCUCCAGCGCCAUCGGCGGCGAGGACGGCCACACGAUCGUGGACAAGACCAGACACUACAAGCUCUGCAGCCCGAUCCACAAGCUGCCAGUGUGUCGGUACUUUAAGGACUACACUUGGACGCUCAAGUCCAUCUCGGGCGCCAACGCCACGCAGCAGAUCAUCCACUGUCGCUGCCCGAAGAACUCAGUGACUUAUCUGAUCAAGAGGGAGCCGCUGAGCGGCAAGGACGAGCAAGGAUACGUGUACUUCUUCGCCUGCUCUCCGCAGAGUCGCCUGCGGUGCCAGCGAAAGGAGCCGUGCAAGCUGUUCACGGUGCGCAAGCGGCGCGAGUUCCUGGACGAGGUCAACACGAAUCCGCUGUGCCAGUGUCCGCACAGCCACAGCUGUCCCAGUCACCACACGGAUGUGGGCGUGAUCGUGGGCAAGUCCUACGCCCAGGACAACAUCCGGACCUACUCCGGCUACUGCAUGGCCGACAACGCGGCGCAGUGAAGCCGCACAACAAUGUACAAUGCGACAAAACACUUAGGAUUACGAGCUAAUUAACCAACUAAUAUGUAUAUUUUUUCACAAAACGAGAAGCGCCUACAAAGUGUAUUUAUUAAUAAUUUAUUUCACUGCAGAAAGGAUAAAAAAAGAAAGAAAAACUCGCCUCUCCCAAUUUUUAUAUUAAGAAAUGAAUCUCUAAUAGCUUUAAUUCCGCGAUUGAUUCGACAAAUUCAACUCUCAAACACAGAUUUAAAACCACAAAAACCGUUCAGCCUCCCUUUUUCCUCCCCCCACCCCAAACACCCCCAAAAAAAUCCAUUUAUACUUCAACAUUAUCGUACCUGAAUGUAUAAAAAGAAAAUGAAAGAAAGUAAGAAGUGUUAUCUAGUUAGAAAUUUUUUUUUCUUUAAGAAUUGCUCUUUCCUAGGCGAUAAGAUAAAUUGAGAGUGGAUACCUUAAAAUACAUGUAUUUUAUACACGCAGAUAAAAAAGAAAUGGUAUGUAUAUAAAAGUUGUUGUGUACUCUUUUCGUUAAAAGGAAGAAGAAAAAAAUCAUACUUGAAUAAAUAAUUCACUGGACAAGCGA